AUGUUCAGCCCUCGCGAGAAGCUGCAGCUCGUGCCGGAGAGGCGGUCUUCGCACGGCACUGCUACGGACGCCGGCCCGUCCACGCCGUCGCAGCCCGAGUCGCCGCCACACCAGCCGCUCUCCGUCGCUGCCCGUGCGGGCGUCUGCAUGGCCGCGUGGUACUUCUUCUCUGGCUGCACGCUCUUUGGCAACAAGCACAUCCUGUCCUCACUCAAGGCGGAUCCCAACCUCCUCGCCAUGUGCCAGAUGAUGAUGACCGCCACCUUUGGCGCCGUCAAAAUGUACGGCCCCUGGCUGACCGGUGUCGGGCCGCCGCAGGACUCGCCGCUCUCCACGCAGCCGAUGCGAUCCUUUCUGUGCGACAUGGCACUCGUCGGGCUAAUGCGUUUUGUGACGGUCGUGCUCGGCCUGAUCUCCCUGAAGUACGUCGCCGUGUCGUUCACAGAGACCAUCAAGUCUUCGGCACCCUUCUUCACCGUCGUUUUUGCGCGGAUAAUGCUGCGUGAGCACACCUCGUUCAUGGCGCCUGCUCUUCCCGGGCUCGCGCGCCUUGUGCAACUCUCCCUGGUGCCCGUCGUUCUCGGGCUCGCGCUCUCCUCCUCCACCGAGCUCUCCUUCACGUUGGGAGGCUUCCUGGCCGCAGUGGCCAACAACUGCAUCGACUGUGUCCAGAACGUCUUCUCGAAGAAGCUCCUCUCGACGCACUACAACUACAUCAACCUCCAGUUCUACACGUCGGCCGCCGCGUUGGUCGUGCAGCUACCCUUCAUGCUCUACCUCCUCCUUCCCGCGUGGCUGGCCGGUGCAACCUCCAUCUCAGCGGAGCUCGCGCAGCAGUUGCUCCUGAACGGGUUUGCCUUCCACAUGCAGUCGGUCAGCGCGUACGCGGUGAUGGGUCUCAUCUCGCCUGUCACCGUCUCGGUAGCAAACACGCUCAAGCGCGCGCUGUUGAUAUGGCUCUCGAUCUUGUACUUUGGCAACCCCGUUACUUUUGCCUCAGCUUGUGGCACUGGGUUGUGCAUCGGCGGGGUGCUGGCGUACAAUCACGCGCGCCGGCAUUAUCCGUACGUGCCCCCGGUCGUGUACGCCCCUGUGCCGAUGCGUGCGCAAGCUUGCACCGGCCAGUCCAUACCGCCGUCUCGCUCUCCAAGCGCUGGAGUCUGACUCGGGAGGAUGCGGGGAGGAUGCAGCUUGCACGUUCGCAGGUCCUGUUUGCAGCCGCCAAAACUACGGCGGGGCGGGCGGCGGCGUUUACGUCAGUAGUUAUACUAUUUGAACAAU